CACACAUCAAAAUCUUCCACACCAACCCACUCACAAAAAUGAGUAACACAAAAAUUCCUGAUUAUCUUAUGCUAACCCUAAUAUCAUCAUUAGCAUUCACAUUGCUAAUUGGAACCACCAUAGCUGAACAAUGUGGAAAACAAGCAAAUGGAGCAUUGUGCCCUAACAACCUAUGUUGUAGCAAAUUUGGUUAUUGUGGUAACACAAAUGACUAUUGUGGUGACGGUUGCCAAAGCCAAUGCAAAGGUUCAACACCAAAAACACCACCUAGUUCCGGCGGUGGUUCCGGUGGUGGUGAUGUUGGUAGGAUCAUAACUUCUUCUAUCUUUGAUCAAAUGCUUAAGUACCGGAACGAUCCGCGGUGUAAGGGAAACGGAUUCUAUUCCUAUAAUGCUUUCAUCGCCGCCGCUCGCUCUUUCAACGGCUUUGGUACCACCGGUGAUGAUACCACCAAGAAGAAGGAGCUUGCUGCAUUUUUGGCUCAAACUUCCCAUGAAACCACAGGAGGAUGGGCAAGUGCACCAGAUGGACCAUAUGCAUGGGGAUAUUGCUUUAUCAACGAAAAUACCCAGGCAGAUUAUUGUACCCCUUCCCAACAAUGGCCAUGUGCUUCUGGCAAAAAAUACUAUGGCAGAGGACCAAUUCAACUUACUCACAACUAUAAUUAUGGGCCAGCGGGUAAGGCUAUAGGACAAGAUCUUCUAAAUAACCCUGAUUUAGUGGCUAGAGAUGCAACUGUUUCAUUCAAGACAGCCAUAUGGUUUUGGAUGACAGCACAAGGAAACAAGCCAUCAAGCCAUGAUGUCAUCACCGGAAGAUGGACACCAUCGGCGGCGGACAAGGCGGCCGGCCGAGUCUCCGGAUUUGGAGUGAUCACUAACAUUAUCAAUGGUGGACUUGAAUGUGGGCAUGGAUCGGAUUCCCGGGUCCAAGAUCGCAUCGGGUUUUAUAAAAGGUAUUGCCAAAUGUUGGGAGUUAGUCCGGGAGAUAACUUGGAUUGCAACAAUCAAAAGCCUUUUGCUUAGGGCAAAUUGCUAUUAUUGUAUGUUUUGUAAUGGGUAAAAAUUCAGAUGCAGUUAACUUCAUGUGAAGUUGAUAGUUGAGAGUAGUCAAAUUAUUUAAUGACUUUCAACUAUUAAUUUUACAUAAAGUUAACUGUACCUAAAUUUUUACCUUUGUAAUAAUAAGAGAACAUGUUGUAAUAAUAAGGGUUUAUAGUGAUACCCACAGGUAAUAGCAAAUUACUUUGCUACUAUUACCUAAAGUAAAUAAUACAACUAAGAAUAAAUUUUCAGUAUCUAAAGUCUAAACUGAGAAAAAUUUAUGGAUAUCCUAAUUGCCUAAAUAAA